AUGAAAUGCGCAAGAGGGAAAGAAGGUCUAUCCCUUAAGAUAAAGUCAUAUCUAACAACUGUCUCUACUCAAAAUAUUUUAAAUUUUAAAAUUCAGACAAUGAAAAAAUCCUUAGAAGGGGGUAAACUUUUCUUUAGUGUUGAACGUUUUGAUUACACUAAAGGAAUUUUGGAGAAAUUAGAAGCCUACGAAAGAUAUCUUAAAAACCAUCCCGAUAGAAUUGGUAAAGAUGUGUUUUAUCAAUUGGCUCCAUUAAACCGUCAAAAAAUACAUACCUACAGCAGGUAUCAGAAUGAUUGUAGAGGUCUAGUAUGGAAAAUUAAUAAAAAAUACGGAGAAGAUUAUGAAAGGGAAGACGGGCAGAUAAUUAAGAAAGGAUAUGUGCCAGUUGAUAUCCGCACGGACGGUAUGAAACGAGAAGAAUUAGUUUUGCGUUAUAUGGCUAUGGAUAUUGGGAUUGUUACACCUGUAAAGGAUGGAAUGAAUUUGGUAGCUAAAGAAAUGAUUUUAAGUAAUCCAAAAGCUGCUCUUAUCCUUUCUGAAGGUGCAGGAACUCAUCAUCAAUUUUCAGAAAAUAGAUUGGGUGGAGAAUAUCAUUUGGUAAUCACAUUAUUUAAACAAAUUUAA